AUGCCAUUCAUCGACUUUCAAAGUCCAUCGCUGUAUAAUCUGUCCGCAAUCGGAAUUCUUCGAGAAGGCCCUGUGUGGGGAGUUUCAGGUGAGCACAUGGCAUAUCUCAUGUAUGACUCUAACGAGUUACAGGAGGCCAAAACAAAUAUCGUUACUAUCCACGACGAUCCCACGAUCAUCAAGAAAAUGAUCGAUUAUUUCUAUCGUGGAGACUACGACGAUUCUCCGGACAAGAGUCACCUUGCCACGAAUCCUGACUAUGAAUCUCCUACCACCAAGGCGCAUGUCAAUAUAGAAAUGUACAACGUUGCUGAUAAAUAUGCCAUUGAACCACUUAUGGCCCUGGCAAAGAAGAAGCUGGAGUACAGACUUACCCUAGUCUGGGACAACAAGGAAUUCAUCCACAUUAUCGAGAAAGUCUACGGGUUGGAUAGCCCACAAAACUCGAAGCUGCGGGAGACAAUAGCCAAGUUCGCCGUAGAGCAUCUUGCUACGCUUAUAAAGUUGCCUCGAUUUGACGAGGUGCGCAUUGAAUUUCCACUAUUUUCAUACGACUUCUCCACAUCAUUGAUCCAACGAAUGGCUCGUGUGGAAACGAAACUACGAGAUCAUGAAGAAUAUUUUCUUUCUCUACCAUUGUCUUAUAUUGUCGUGAUGUUUAUUGUAUUUAUCGCGAGAGGUUCUGCCUGGAAUGUUGUAAACCUUUCAAUGAUCGGAAAAGUUUGA